AUCCAGAACCAACCAAUGGCGUCCACCCAAGUCACCACCAUGCGCACCCCAACCCCUCCACACUCCCAUCCAUAUGAUUCAGGGCCUCUUCCUUUUCUCUCCCAACCCACUUCCCAGUGUCAAGGCAUCGCCACCCCACACCUGCAACCCAGUGCAACAGCCAUGGCCGCCACCUUCUUCAACCUCACAGCUCCCCUGCAGAAGCAGUCACCUUCUUUCCAAGGGCUGCGCCCCCUGAAACCCACAGACUCCCUCUUCUCCACCCUCAAGUCUACCGGCAGCAGAGCCCAUGUCAAGGUGAGCAGGCCGGCCAGGUUUGGAGGUGUGAAGGCUGAGCUGAACGCUUCUCUUGUCAUCAGCCUGAGCACUGGCCUCUCCCUGUUCAUGGGGAGGUUCGUUUUCUUGAAUUUCCAGAGGGAGAAUGUUGCCAAGCAAGGUCUGCCCGAGCAGAAUGGGCAGACUCACUUUGAGGCAGGCGACGUCAGAGCCAAGGAGUAUGUUGGUCUCUUGAAAUCCAACGACCCAUCUGGGUUUAACAUCGUGGACGUGCUGGCUUGGGGCUCCAUCGGCCACAUAGUGGCCUACUACAUCCUUGCGACCGCAAGCAACGGCUACGAUCCCAAGUUCUUCUAAAUGAAUUGAUCCGGUGCAGUAUGGUGGACGGCCAUGAUCAAAGAUUCAUGUACAGUUGGGGUUAGCCUUGUGCUUAAUUGGACUGGACGUUUUCUUUUUUCCUUUUUUUAUUUUUCUUGGUGAUCUUGCCACCUUUAUCGAAAUGAUCAAGUGGCGUGCAAUUCAGAGGGUAUUUAGUGUUGUUGGUCAUGGAUCAUGGGGGUGCUCUUCAAGUUGGGAACUGGGUUCAUUAGAUUUUGAAUCUCAAGAUGUAUUGAUGGUUGUAAGAUGAUCAUGGGUUAUGCAAGAACAAUCUUUUCCUCCAAA